AUGGUCCUGGUCAUGAAACUUCUGUUCCUCACCUGCCUAUGGCCAACAGCAGUGCUACACAGUUCUCACAGUCAGCAUCACCGUCUUCAUCGUCGGCAACAAAUGUCAUUCUCAAGAAAACAUAACAGCAAACGAGAAAUUAAAAUGAGGAAACUUGACAGCACAAAGGUCCGACCACUUAAAUCUGAGCAGCUUCUUCACAUAGAGGACCAUGACUUUGCACUGAGACCUGGAUUUGGAGGGUCACCAAUACCUGUGGGCAUUGAUGUGCAGGUGGAGAGCAUUGACAGCAUAUCUGAAGUAGACAUGGACUUCACAAUGACUUUGUAUCUCAGACACUACUGGAAGGAUGAGAGACUCUCAUUCCGUAGCAACAAAAACAAAAGUAUGACUUUCGAUGGACGGCUGAUAAAAAAGAUCUGGGUACCUGAUGUGUUUUUUGUGCACUCCAAAAGAUCUUUCAUCCAUGAUACAACUGUGGAAAACAUCAUGCUCCGAGUGUACCCCGAUGGCAACGUCCUCUUCAGUCUGAGAAUAACAGUUUCUGCUAUGUGCUUCAUGGAUUUCAGUAGGUUUCCUCUGGACACACAGAACUGUUCUUUAGAACUGGAAAGCUAUGCAUACAAUGAAGAUGAUCUCAUGUUGUACUGGAAACAUGGCAACAAGUCCCUGAGCACAGAUGAGCACAUCUCCCUCUCCCAGUUCUUCAUUGAGGAAUUCAGUGCUUCCAGUGGACUAGCUUUUUACAGCAGUACUGGUUGGUACAAUCGGCUUUUUAUCAACUUUGCACUCCGCAGACAUAUUUUCUUUUUUGUGCUACAAUCCUAUUUCCCAGCCAUGCUGAUGGUCAUGCUGUCUUGGGUUUCCUUUUGGAUUGAUAGAAGAGCUGUUCCUGCCAGGGUGUCAUUAGGUAUAACUACAGUGCUGACAAUGUCGACCAUCAUGACAGGAGUAAGUGCCUCAAUGCCUCAAGUGUCUUACAUAAAGGCUGUGGAUGUGUAUUUAUGGAUCAGCUUCCUUUUUGUCUUCCUGUCAGUCAUCGAGUAUGCAGCGGUGAACUAUCUCACCACAAUUGAGGAGAGAAAACAACUCAAAAAAAGGGGCAAGACUUCAGGAAUGUACAGCAUGGAUGCAGUACAAGCAAUGGCUUUUGACGGCUGCUUCCACGACACGGAUGUGGACAUGGACCUGACUCCCUUCCCAGACCACUGUGAGUUGAACGAGACCAGGGCAAGUCAAACCAACAUCUCCAAUGCAGACACACCUCGCUUGAAGAGGAAGAGAUCUCUGAAGGGAAACGUGGGCAGGAUUAUUUUACAGAACAAUCAUGUUAUCGACACGUAUUCCAGGAUUAUAUUUCCCAGUGUAUAUAUUGUGUUCAACUUUUUUUACUGGGGUUUGUACAUAUGA